ACACAUGGCACUUUUUCACAAAGUUUUUCACCACAACGGAUGAAAAUGAGUUCUGGUUCAAACCAGAGGACUUUGUUCCAGACUUGGGGAGCACCGGCUCCACAAAACACCGCUGUUCAACCGAAGAAGGAUGGAAAGAAAGCCGCUGGACGGCGCAAGACAGCCCCAAGUAACAGCUCACAGGUAGCACCAACAAAUCCUACUAGAAAUCCUCUAUGGCCCCAAAUAGGCCAAGAGUCCACAUCAGAGGACCCUAGACCUGCGUUUGAAGAUGAAGACGAUGAUGAUUUGAUGUUGGUCGCUGUUUAUGAAGCUGAAAAGAGUCUGGAGCUUGAUAAACAUGACAGCCAUACAGAGACAGAGAACACUUCUCUCACUCCUGUGCCUUCAGAUGUUAGGACGUAUCCUGACUUUCCCGGCUUUGACAGCUCCUCAGCUAAAGUGUGGAUCUACCCCACUAACUAUCCCAUCAGGGAGUACCAGCUGAAGAUCUCAGAGGUUGCCCUCUUUCAGAAUUCACUGGUGUGUCUCCCCACUGGUCUGGGAAAGACCUUCAUAGCCUCUGUGGUUAUGUACAACUUCUACCGCUGGUAUCCCACAGGGAAGAUUGUAUUCAUGGCUCCCACAAAACCUCUGGUGGCACAGCAGAUCGAGGCCUGCUAUAAAGUGAUGGGGAUCCCCCAGGCACAUAUGGCUGAGCUGACAGGUAGCACAGCAGCAAAGCAUAGGCAGGAGGUGUGGAGGACCAAGCGCGUCUUCUUCCUCACCCCUCAGGUCAUGGUGAACGAUUUAUCCAGAGAGACAUGCCCGGCUCAGCAGAUCAAGUGUGUGGUGAUUGAUGAAGCCCACAAGGCACUGGGAAACCAUGCCUAUUGUCAGGUCAUCAAACAGCUGGUCAACCAAACUCUUCAGUUUCGCAUUUUGGCUCUCAGUGCAACACCAGGGGGAGAUACAAAGUCAGUGCAAUCGGUGAUCUCUAACUUGCUCAUCUCCCACAUUGAGCUGCGAUCAGAAGAGAGUCCAGACAUCCAGGCCCAUUCGCACCAGCGUAGUGUUGAGAAGGUGGUGGUUCCCCUGGGAGAGGCCCUUUCUGCUCAGCAGGCACGCUACCUGGGGGUCCUGGAGAAAUUCACAUCUCGCCUGGUCCAGAACCGAGUGAUGGCACAGAAAGACCUGCGGACCCUCAGCAAAUACCAGCUCAUCCUCGCCAGGGAUCAGUUCCGCAAGAACCCACCAACGCACAUCAAGGGUCCACAACAGGGAAUGCUGGAGGGUGACUUUGCCCUUUGCAUCAGUCUGUACCAUGGCUAUGAGCUGCUGAUGCAGAUGGGGCUUCGAUCGUUAUUUUUUUACAUCCAGGGAAUCAUGGAUGGAUCCAGAGAGAUGUCAAGGGCGAGAAAUGAGCUGCAGAGGACACCCACCUUUAUGGACCUUUACCGUGAGAUGGAAGCAAUGUUUCUAAAGCCACCUGCUGGUCCAGAUGAGCCGUUUAUUUACAGUCACCCCAAACUGGAGAAACUGGAGGGGGUGGUGUUGCAGCACUUCACACUGUGGGCUGAGAGCUCAGCUGACAAUAAUGGUUCAGGUCCUCGGGAAGUAAGCACGCGUGUAAUGAUCUUUUCAUCGUUCCGUGAGAGCGUGCAGGAGAUCGCAGCUAUGUUGAACCGCCAUACUCCUCUGAUACGGGUCAUGACUUUUAUGGGCCAAGCUUCAGCUGGGAAGGGAGUCAAAGGUUUUACCCAAAAAGAGCAACUGGAGGUGGUGAACAGGUUUCGCACAGGUGGCUUCAACACGCUGGUGUCUACCUGCGUUGGAGAGGAGGGGCUGGAUAUUGGAGAGGUGGACCUGAUCGUUUGCUUCGAUGCACAGAAGAACCCAAUCCGCCUGGUGCAGCGGAUGGGCCGUACAGGACGUAAGCGGCAGGGGCGGAUUGUGGUCAUCUUAGCUGAGGGUCGUGAGGAGAGGACGUACAACCAGAGCCAGAGCAACAAGCGCAGCGUUUACAAGUCCAUUACUGGCAACAAAAACGGCUUCCACAUGUACCCCAACAGUCCUCGAAUGCUGCCUGAUGAGGUGAACCCCUCCCUGCAUAAGAUGCACAUUACCUGUGGGCAGUUUGAUCAUCAGGAAAGCAACAGGCGGUCCGUCGGCAGUCGACGGUCCCACUCAGGUGGACGGGCCUCACUUAUCCAUCCUCAAAACCUGAUUUGGCAGGAAAAUGGAACAUCAGAUGGGUUUCUCAGCAGUGCUGAAUAUUCCCUGUGGGAAUCCACCAUGAGGCUGCGGGAAGACGAAGCUCAUCCAACCCUGAAACAGUCACACUUCAUGUCUCUACCCAUCGACUCACCACCUCAGGAGGAUUUUCCAAAAAGUGGUCCACCAUCCAGAGAGCUGUCUUUGUGGGAAUGGAGACACUGGCAGCACAAAGUGCUUCCCACCCAUGCUGUGGAUCAUUCUCUCCGCUGCCACCACUUCACCAAGGUGAUGGAGCUCAUAGACGGCAUGAGAGAGGAAAACGAGGGUGAAUGUCGCUAUGAACAGGAGCUCCUCCCCUACCUCCAGAAAGAUGAUGCCGUUGGCGUUGUAAAGAACAAACAGAGGAAAAAGAUCAACCCAAAGAGGGCAAAGGUCAAUCCUAAAAUGACUAAAAAUCAACCCAGACCACCUCGCACCACGUUUUCUUAUCUUGAUGAAGAAGAAGAGAGUGAGGAAGUGAAUAAAAGAAGUUUGAUUUCUGAUUUUGUUGUGAGUAAAAAAACACUUCCUGUUCUAGAAGAUACUGAGCCGCCUUGUAAUGACAUCACAGACCACCCUAAACAUGAGGCGAUUUCUCCCGUCCCUUCAAACAUCCCCAGUCCAGAAGCAAACAUGGAUGAUGAUUGUUUCAUUUUUGAAAAGAACGACAUGAAAUCAGAUGAGCCUGUGAGUUUAGACAAACUCUCACAGCUGAUUUCUAACACAGAAGAAGAUGUCGAGCUUCAGGCCAUGUUCUACCUCCCUAAAUGGGCCGCGUCACCCCCGCCCUCCUUGGCUAAACCUGCCCCACAGCGAGACACCAGUCUGAAGGUCAUUCUAGCCAACGUGGCCGAGCUCCUGUCUCGAUCCCCGCCACCUUUGGAGGAAGAUCUCCAUGCUGACGUGGCUGCUCCUUCACCUCCUCCAUCGCCUCCUCCCUCUCCUGAGUUGGCUCAACAGCCUUUCAAGGUCAGCUUUACCCUGGGCGGAGACGACGAUGAUGACAGUGACAAUGAAAUGAUGAUGAGCGACACUGAUGAUGCCUCCCUGAGGGCAGCCGAAGUCAAGCAUCCAGAGAGUAAACAGGAGGGUAAAAUGAUUUGUGAUUGGCCUUGUAUGGAGCAAGGGCAAAGCGUAGUGGCGGACAGUCCCAGCUGGGAUCAAGUGUUUGACGAAGAAGAAGGAGUUAAUCAUGAGGAUGAAGGAGAAAAUAUGAAGGCAGAAAAUGAACUUGAUGAUUUAAAGGUGGAGCUUGGUGUGGAGUUAAGACAAAAAGAGGAGAAAGUGAGAUGUCCUGAUGAUGUGAGGGAUGAGGAGGCGCCUGAUUCAAGAGGUGGCAGUGUAAUGAACAACGUGGUCCCCCAUUUGGAUGAGAGCAUGGAUCUGUUUGGGGAUGAAGAAGCCUUCCUGCAGAUGACAAUCCCAGACGUUGCCACUCCUGGAGUCACACCCAGGAAAUCCCCUAAUUCUGCUGUAGCAAAGACUUCAGUCACUUUGCAUAAGCACACACCAAUAAAUGCACGUCAAAAUACAGCACAUGAAAAUAGAACUGAUUCUGAGAUGGUAGCAAGUUCUCACAGCUCUGGAGAAGCAAAAAAACAAACCACUGAGUCAUUUGACGGAUCCCAUGACUACUUCUCUGUCAACUUUGACCUUGGCUAUUCCUUUGAGGAAUCUGAAGAAGAAGCUGAAGAGGAUGUUUCUGUUCAGAGUACAUCCACUUCUCCGCCGCCUAAAAAGAAGGCCUUGUCCACCUCCUCCACUCCUUAUAACAGCAUUCAUAGACAAAUAAUACCUCCACAGUCCAGUGAAUGCAAGUUAUCUACACCACGGAUGCUGUCAGAGCCAGGAAAGAGAGGAACAUCCUCUCCUCUGACGCUGCCUUUAAUGUCAAAAGGUGGUGAACUUCCGUCUCCAAUCACAUCCCCCAGAGCGAGGCGGAUGCUCAUGCCCAGUUCUGCUGGAUCUCCUGGUCUGUCUUUACCCUCCAGGUUAAAGUGGAAACGGCUGGAGGCUCCCGCAGUCUCAUGUGUGGAAAUCAGCCAAGUGGCCAAGUCUCCCCUUCAUCAUCCAGUGCAGGGGAACAGCGACAGUGAGGAAGACGUUGUGGUUCAGAAAAGAAAACAUCAGAACAAGGUCAACCCGCUGUCGUCACCAGAAGUGUCAAAGAUCUGCAGUGAUGUAGACUCACCGUUCACUGUGAACAGGAAACGCAUCGCUGCUGCACUUAAUACGUCUGAUGAGGCAGAGGGCGGAGCAGUUUCUGAUGAUGAUUUCCAGAACGAGUCUGUGUUCCUGCUGAAAACCACAACAGCAGAAAGACGGCGAGGGCAACGAGACAAAGCCAAGCACGCCACAAGCCGAAAAGGGCGCCAGUUCCUGGACGACGAAGCAGAGCUGUCAGAGGAGGAGGAGGGAGCAGAUGUGUCAUCUGAUGAAGAUGACGGAGAUGAGCAGAACCGCUCUCUGGAGGGCUUUGUGGUCGAUAAUUCGCACUUUUCCCAGGGACUAAAUGAUUCUGAGAUGUGCGGUGUUUACUUGAAGUCAGUGAGGAGCCCUGCUGUCCAGGGCAAGUUUAAAAUGUCCUACAGAAAUCAUCACAACAUGGACAUUUUUUCUCAGGUGCCUGAGAUGGAUGAAACGUACGCAGAGGACAGCUUUGUGGUUGGGAGCGAGGUGGAGGAGGUGGAGAGCAGUGAAGAAGACCCAGAGGACAUCCAGCUCAUCCCUGAGGACUCGUACGUGGAUGGACGGAGGCAGUACGCCACCAGACGGCGUGUUUUUAUUCACAAAGCCAGAGCCAGAGUUAAGACUGCUGCUCAGUCUGCACCGGUGCAGAGGGCUGAGGUGAAAACCAAACGCUCCAGAGUCAUACGCAUUCAGGAUUCUAGUGAGGAGGAGUUGGAAGAAGUUGGUGGAAAGAAAAGUUGUGUAGCAGAAGAGGAUACUGCUGCCACCUUGUGGCCAAAGACUGUGCAGCAGGAGACAAGCAGACCUCAGGAGACGGAGCAGCAGAAGCCCUCCUCCUCCUCGUCUUUCACCAUAGCAUCAAAGGUGUCAAUGCUGAGCAAAAGAAUAAAGAGCUCCAUGACUGCACAGGAGCAAAAUGAGAGGUCUCGCCAGAGGAUUGAAAAUCAGCAUUUGCUCUCUGAUGAACUCGAUUUUGCAGAACCAGAGUCUGAGUUAUCCUCAAAGAAACAACCAGAGGCCUUUCCUUCCAACUUCUCUGUACCUCAGACAUCCACAGCCCAGGACCCCUCCAUCAGUGAGUCUUCUCCUCCUCAUGGUCCUGUGAGCAUCCUGGCUGACAGUCGCUGCAUCGGCAGCGGAGUGGAGCUGAUGGGCUGCCUUCGCCACCGUCACGCAGCCACGGUCCACAUCUGCUCCCUGGAUGGCUCCUACUUCAUUGUCAGCAACCGCAUGGCUGCAGAGAGGCACAGCCAAUCAGAUUUGGCCUCGAUGCAGAACAGAAAGCGAUUGGCUGAGAGAGUGAACAGUUUGCAGGGAUUGUUUGAGCGGGUCUGUCUGAUUGUGGAGAAGGACAGGAGUAAACCAGGUGAGGCAGCACGUCCCUUCCAGCGAACGCGUCUCUACGACAACACUUUGACAGCGCUGGUGCGAACAGGGGUGCGUUUGCUGUGGAGUAACGGCCCUGAGGAGAGCGCUGGCCUCCUGGCAGACCUGGCCCGGCUGGAGCAGCGUAAAGGUCAGGGCAUCACUGUACCUUUGGAGGUCAAAGGUCAGCACAGACAGCAGACCCUGCAGCUGUACUCCAGUCUGCCUUCAGUCAACUACGCCCACGCCCUCAACAUGAGCCACAACUUCAGCUCCAUCGCUCAGCUCAUUAACAGCUCCGUUGAUGCCAUACAAAAGAGCGGCAGUAUGAGCAGAUCCAGGGCUGAAGAGGUCUACCGCUUCCUACGUUAUUCCUGUGACUCCUUCCUCAUGAAUGUUUCAAAAUCAGGAAAAAGCUGCUAGCGGGGAAGGAGAGAAACCUGUAAGGAUUUAUGAUGCAUCUUUACAUCCCCUGCUCUCCGUUUGAUCUUCUUGCACAAUAAAGAGAACACUAAUCACCUCCAUUUAUGUCAUAUGAUACCAAAGAGCUAGUGGUAUGAUGCUAACUGUCUAUUCUUUAUAGUAUUCUUUUAAUUGUUUAGGUGAGCAGUGUUUCCUUUAGACUCAUGUUGUGGUUAAAAUAGAGUCUGGGCCCAUGAGAAUUCAAUCAAUAUUUGAUUAAAACUUGAAUAACUUAUUUUUGUCAAAUAAUGAACACAUUUGUUUACA